CACAAAGUCAACUCUACACAUGUCUACAACAACAGUCGAUCCAUUAUCAUUGCUUCGUCAGUCAACGCGACAAAAUACGCCGGUUACAUUUUUAAACGAGGCAGGAGAGAGAGUUACAAACAUAUCUGAUGCAAAACGGAUUCAGUUCAGCCAAGAUGCUGUUUUUCCUCGAAAUGCACCGACUGCCUUCAAAAAAACUAAUGCUACCACUGAAGACGAGACGUACAGCUUAGACACGCUAAUUUUCUGCUUGCAAAACGCUCAACUGGAUCUGUCAGCCUAUAUAAAAGAAUGUCGUGCUCGUGGUGUAGAACAUGUUUCUGUUGUAGAUCGUAGAAAGAUUGUGGACUACCUUACUGGCAAAGUAGAUCAUUCACCAAAUGUUGUUUUCACGCAGACUCUAGGCAAACGAGCUCUUGACGGAUCAAUAGGAACAGAAACUGUAGCAAAGAAAACUAAAUUAGCACCACUUCAAUCAGAUGAUACCCUACAAAUUGUUAAAGGAGUCAUGACUCGUGAACGCCAAAUAGCAACAAGAACUUCUAUAUUGAAGAGUUCGAAGAAUUUCAAUUUUGCGAUCACUCUUACUAAACAAUUGAUGUUUGGUAAAGACACUGCAACGACCAAUGUUGGUAGUAAGACAGGACCAUCUAAUAACAAACUUCCUCCUUCUACUGCUGCUGCUGCUGCUGCUGCUACUAAACCAAUUACAAGCGCUAUUCAUGCGAAAGCAGCCGCAGCUGAAAAAGUCAAAAAACUAUCGAGUAAAGACAAGAUACCGAUCAUAAUUGUACCAGCAGCUCCUACAGCAAAGCUCAACUUGUAUAAUAUCAAACAAUUUUUGGAAGAUCAAAAAUUUGUGGAUUCCCAAAAGCUAAGACAAGAAGGUUUAAAGAAACCUGAAAGAGUUAUAGUAGAGCGUAAGAAGUUGAAUGGUCAGACAGUUCCAUAUCAUGUUGUCGACUCCGUAAAUGAUUUUAAACAAAAUGAUUGGGAUCGUGUAAGCUGUGUAUUUGUUGGUGGACAGUUAUGGCAAUUCAAAGGCUGGAAGUGGGAAAAACCGAUAGAUUUAUUCAGCAAUGUCAAAGGUAUCUAUCCCAAAUGGAACUCAGAUAAGGUCACUGGUCCUGCAGCAGAUUGGGCAGUAACAGAACUAAACAUUCAUUUAUCCAAACCGCACAUGAACAGAGCCACUGUAACACAAUUCUGGGAUGCUCUUGAUAGCUAUAAUGCUACUCAUAAACCUUACCUUAAUUUUUAAUAAGAUCGUAUUUGUAGUUUGUUAUCGUUGUCCUUAAUUUCAAAUACAGUGGUGCGUGUGAGAUUGAAUUGCGUAAAAUCCUUUUAUAUUCUUCCCGUC